ACAGGCCAAGGGGAUCACGAAGCAAUUUUCCAAACGUUUGGAAUCGCGAAACCGCUUCCCAGCAGGCUGUACCACCUCCGCUUUCACUGUCCCUACCGUCGCCGCCUCCGCCUCUGACUUAUGACAUAUCGAGAGCGCGGCUGGAUACCAGCGGCCAAUUGGACCAUCUGCGCUAUUCCGCGCCCUUGCGAGCCUAUUUGACACCGGCCUCACCUCGAUGUCCCGAGAUUGACAAGCUCUCGGCGCUGGUUUCCCCUGCUGUCUCGGCCAGGCUUGCUCAGUUUCUCAGUGCCCUCCGACAAUGUUGCAGCCGCGGCUCCGUCCCCUGGCUGCUGGGGCAGCCUCUAUGGCCUCUCUAUGCCACCGAGCUUUCCGUCUCAACACCGCCCGAAGUUACUCGAGCGAAGUGCAAAACGAAGCCACGAAUACGUCCGGCAACGCCAACACCAGUCUCAGCGCCCCGUCGACUGAAUUGCAAGCAGUCAAGAUGCGAACGUACAAGCCACGGACACCAGGUCUUCGGCACCUCAAGCGACCCAUCAACGACCAUCUGUGGAAGGGUAGACCGUAUCUGCCGCUGACCUUCCCCAAAAAGGGCCAUGGGAAAGGUGGUAGGAACAACACUGGGCGCAUCACCGUCAGACAUCGCGGAGGUGGCCACAAGCGCAGGAUCCGCAUCGUUGACUUCAAGCGGUGGACUCCCGGGCCACACACGGUCGAGCGCAUCGAGUACGACCCGGGCCGGAGCGCCCACAUUGCCCUGUUGACGGAGCAGGCGACGGGCAAGAAGAGCUACAUCGUGGCGGCCGAGGGCAUGCGGGCCGGCGACGUGGUGCAGAGCUACCGGGCUGGCAUUCCCCAAGACUUGCUCGACAGCAUGGGAGGCGUCAUCGAUCCCGGUAUCCUGGCAGCGCGGACGGCGUGGAGGGGGAACUGCCUGCCGCUGCACAUGAUCCCCGUCGGCACGAUGGUGUACAAUGUCGGUUCCCGGCCGGACGGCGGCGCGGUGUUCUGCCGCAGUGCGGGGACCUACGCGACCAUCGUCUCGAAAGAGGAGGAGACGCGCGACGACGGCACCAAGGUGGUGACGGGCAAGCACGUCAUCGUCCGGCUGCAGAGCGGUGAAGUCCGCAAGGUCAGCAAGGACGCGUGCGCGACCAUCGGCGUCGCCAGCAACAUCAUGCAUCAGCACAGGCAGCUAGGCAAGGCCGGAAGAAGCCGGCGGCUGAACAUCAGGCCCACGGUGAGAGGCGUGGCCAUGAACGCUAACGACCAUCCCCACGGCGGUGGUCGCGGCAAGUCCAAGGGUAACAAACACCCCGUCAGUCCCUGGGGCCAGCCGGCCAAGGGCGGCUUCAAAACGCGCAAGAAGAGCAACGUCAACAAGUGGGUGGUCACUCCGCGGGUGCGGAACAUGGGCAGGCGGCGGAACAAGAAGACCGCUUAAUGCUUGCGAGGGGAGUUGUUAUGCUGCUGAAGUAUGGGCGGAAAGAUCUUGUACACUAUGUAGACCAACACCAAUUGUGAUACUGGAUGCCGGCGGCGUUGAAGUCCAACUCAUUCUGUUGGGGGUCCGAGACGUUGGCUCGAGGAGCGCGGGGAAAACGGAUCUAUUCAAGAUUCUCGCGACCUUCCUUCGUCCUGUUUUCUUUCUUUCUGUCUUUCUUUCUUCGUUCUUCCUUUGUACCCUUGCCCAUCGUUUAAUUUUCCUCCAUCUGCCCACUUGGACGCAGUUCUCCGUAUGGGUGCUGAUUCAGCGCUGUUCUUCUCUGUUCAGCGUUGGGUCGCCGGGAAUCCGCAUCCGGUAACCAAC